CUGAAUCGCCCUCCCUUGCUCCGUACCGUGACCCUCUCCGUCCGCUGGCGUCGUCUCUUGUGCUACCAUCCGCUACCCAUUCUUCCACCACCACCACUAUCCUCACUUCCAGCAUCCCCUAUCUCUCGCCCGUCGCAUUGCUAAUCUCCUCCCCCUCGAUCUCUCCGAAUCUCCUCCGUUGCGAAUGCGCGUGCGGCUACCACGCGGAAGACGAUCGUCUGCAGCGACACGAGCCUUCUCCUCAUCCGCCGCUCACGUCGCGCGAGUCUCCGGGGAUCGCUGCCCCAGUUAAUCUCGAACACAAAAAAGACGGGGCACCUCGCACUCGCCAUCGCCCACGCAUUUCGCCGAAGUGGCCCGUUGUGUGUGCGUGCGUGUGCGGUUGUGUGCGCCUGUCGACCAUUUUCCUUCGCUGAGCUUCCGACCCAUCGUGUAACGACGAGCGCAUCGCAACGCGGCAGUCGAGCAGCAGCACCGUCACGCGUGGGCUACCACAAUGGCCAGCCCGCCUGGCUCCCCGCCGCAUUCUGCGGGAGGCGCUGUCCAGCGGCCCAUGAGCAUGAUGGUUCGUCCGAACAGGAGUUCGAGCAGAAUGAGCGUGAGCAGUAAGAACGGCAUCGGCAGCAAGUACUCUGACGAGGAUGGCAAAACCGCCGUCAAAGUUGCCGUUCGAGUCCGACCCCCCCUCCAACCCACAGACCCAGGCUUCGAGCUGGUGCCUCAGCGCUUCCGCUCCUCGAUCGCCCACGUCACCUCGCCCACGAGUCUGACAGUGGAGUCCGCUCAGGGGAAGAAGCUGUUCGUCUUCGAUCGCGUGUUCCCUCCGGAGACGGACCAGGAAGGUGUGUGGGAGUAUCUGAGUGAGAGCGUAAACUCUUUCGUGCAGGGCUACAAUGUCUCCAUCCUGGCGUACGGCCAGUCCGGCGCAGGAAAGUCGUUCACCAUGGGUACAUCUGGCCCUGCGGAACAAAACAACCCUCGGAUAAUGGGUGUUGUUCCUCGAGCGGCAGCGGCUUUGUUUGAAAAACUUUGUGGCACUUCACAACGAUCGGGUCUCAGGUCGCCGAACAGAUAUUCCAUGACGAACGGUCUGAGCUCGCAAGCGAGGAAUCAAGACAAGAACUGGCAGCUUAAAGCCACAUAUGUAGAGAUCUAUCAGGAGCAGCUUCGCGACUUGCUACUCGACGAUACAGUCCCAUUCACAGAGCGACCACAGAUCGCAAUUCGCGAAGACACAAAGGGUCGUAUACUGCUGACUGGUCUAAAACAAGUGCCCAUCAACUCGAUAGACGAUCUUCUUGGCGCGUUGAACUUCGGCUCCACGAUCCGACAAACGGAUGCGACAGCCAUUAAUGCACGAUCUUCGCGUUCACAUGCAGUCUUCAGCUUGAAUCUUAUACAGAAACGAUCUGGCACGCCGACUCCACUAAAGGAGAAGCGUAGAUCGGUACCGCUCGAGGCCAUGUCUGGCAGUUCUGGUGCCGACAGCUGGAUCACGGUGGACAGCAAGCUGCAUUUUGUCGAUCUGGCCGGAAGUGAGAGGCUGAAGAACACAGGGGCCCAAGGCGAGCGAGCGAAGGAAGGCAUUUCGAUCAACGCCGGUCUUGCGAGCCUGGGCAAAGUCAUUGCGCAGUUGUCAUCACGCUCGGCUGGAUCUCACGUGUCAUAUCGCGACUCGAAACUCACCCGUCUACUACAGGACUCCCUUGGUGGCAACGCAAUCACGUACAUGGUCGCGUGCGUCAACCCUGCCGAAUUCCACCUGAGCGAAACUCUCAACACGGUCCAGUACGCGCAAAGAGCACGCGCCAUCCAGAGCAAACCACAAAUUCAAGCCGUGUCGGACGAUAGCGACAAGCAGGCUGUCAUUGAUAGGCUGCGUGCUGAGGUGCAAUUCUUGCGCGACCAGAUCAGACUGUCCGAGAAGGCCGACAGACGGAACAACGCACCUCAGGAACGUGCCGAGCGUCAGCAUGAGCGCGAGUCGGAACUGCAGAACCAAUAUCUAGACCUGCAGGAGAAUUACAACGCUCUCAGCGAGAGGCACUCCAAGUUGAUUCAGCAGAUAAGCAGGGUUCAGAACGUUGAGACGGAUGGCGCAAAUGACGACAUUCCUGGCGAAACCGCCCUAGAGCGUCAGGAGCGGUCGCGUUCGUUUCAAGGUGCGAUCGAGGACAUGAUCUUGGAGUACGAGAAGACCAUUCAAUCGCUCGAGACCUCUCUGUCAAACACUCGCGGGUCGCUGUCCGCAACGGAGAGUGCUUUGCUCGAAAAGGAGACGAAAAUCGCCUACCUCGAGACGGUUCAGAGUCAGCUGCAGGCGAGACUGCAGAAGUCCAUGGAUAGAGAGCAGAACGACGAGAAUUAUCUGCGCGAUCUAGAAGCACGGGUGGCCGGAGCGACAACGGGCGAAGAGAAGAGCAACGCGCUAGUGCAGGGCUUGAGGAAGGAGCUUGCGAGAGCCCGUGAAAACGAGGCUAGCUGCGAAGAAUACAUUUCCACCCUCGAGGAGCGACUCGCGGAAGCCGAACAAGAUCACGAGAUGAUGCAACGCGAGAUUGAGCGUCUUGAGCACGUUGUGGAGCGACAGCGUAGCAUCAACAAGCUUGACAAUUUGCUUUAUGAACUCGAUUCUAUUCGCCAUGUCGACGUCAAGGCCAGUGCCGAGCCAUACGCCAAUGGACAUGUCAAGAAAGAUAGCGAGAUGACCUUCCGGUCGCGAGCCGACUCAGAGUACAGUCGUAGAUCUGGAUUUGAAGACGCCGCUCAAGAGAAUGGUGAACCUGAAGCGGAGACCCUGCAGGCCAUUGCAGAACACGAAAAGCCCGAUGAGCAAGACGGUCUUGUUCCAACAUCUGCUGCAUCCAAUCGAGAGCUUCGGGUUGAUCAACAUGACGAACCGACGAGUCCAGCUCAGUCAAAGUUUGUCGCUGACAAACUUGAAACCGUUACGCAGGAGCUGUUCGAUCUGCGUAUGGAGCAUGAAGCCACGGUCAACGACCUCGACGAGCUGCAAAGGAAGUACCAGAUGGCUCUCAAGCAGCUAGCCGAGAUGCACGAAGCCCGCGAGGUCGAUCUGCGCAACAGAGACUCCAUCUCGUCGAGGCCAUCAUCUUUUUUAGCGGACACGGUAGCGAGCACACAUGGCGAGGAAGCUGGGCAGCCAUCAUCUUCGCGCACAUUAUCCUCGGAGCUGUCCUCGGCUAUGGAAUUGCCCGCUCAAUCGGAAGCCUCUGACGAGACUACCACGAAGGAGACUGUGGACGCCGCCCUUGCAGCAAGAGAGGAGGAGCUCAUGCGAGAGAUGGAGGAGCUCAGGAAGCUGCACAUGGACAAGGAGCUGAGCAUGGCCGAAUUGGAAGAGCGCCACAAUCAGCUGCAGGAACAACAUCAAGAUACUCUGGACUACGUGGAGGAACUGAAGGCCGAGCUGCAAAAGGCGCAGCUGAAUGGCCGUGCCUCGCCAAGUCCUCAGUUUAUCCGACGAAAGUCAAGUCAAAUCCUGUCCUCACAAGGUGAUCGUGCCAACAGAGCCUUUGCCUCGUUGCGAAACCUUGCACUCGAGAAUCUUGAGGAGGACACGGACAAGUUGCAGAGCUUCGAGCUCAAUCUGAACUCCAUCAUGGCCGAACUGCAGAGCCGCUCCGAACGUGUGACUGUCCUCGAAGCCGAGACUGUGGCCCUGCGCAAGGAAAUGGAGACGAAGAUGACGAUCAUCAACGGUCUGACUCGCGAACGCACCAGUCUGAAGGCCGCGCAACCUCUCGAUAUGUCCGCAAUCGCCUCCAUGCAUGACAAACUCAAGGAAAGCGAGAGCAGGCAGAAGCAGAUGUCGGAGGCCCACUCGGCCAGAGAAAAGGAGCUUCUAUCGCAGAUCGAAAGCCUCAGGGCCAUCGCCACGCCUGUCAGCGCAACUGGCGUGCCUGGCGAAUUCCCAGCCACUCCUGCGGAUAUGGGCAGCCCACGGCAGCUUGGUGAUGAUGUUGGAGAGCAGCAGCGUCAGCUCGAGAAAUUGCAGCGUGAAGUUGCCGACUGGCGAUCGAAGCACGAUUCCGCCAUGGAGUCUAUGCGGGAGUCGGAGAAGAGAUUCACUGCUACGAUCAGCGAGCUCGAGAGCAGCCUCCGACAUGCCGAACAGAAUUCUCGCUCUGUUUCUCCGGAGAUGUCCGCCGCAGGCGGCGCUCAAGAGGAGACGAUUGCAAAGCUCAACAAAGAGAUUCAGGAAUACAAGAGCAAGGCCGAAGCUAGCGCACAGCGUCUAGCUGAGCUUGAGAAGUCGUACAACAGCAUUGUCGCUCAGGUCGAAGAGGAUUCCCAUGCGCAGGAGCUGACCAUAAAAGAGCUCCAAACUCAUCGUGAGCUUGUCGCUAACCUCGAAACCCAGCUUGAGGAGCACAAGAAUGCGGUGCAGAGCCAUCAGCUAACAUUGGAAGCUCUUCGCUCUGCACACGCUAAGGAAAUCGAGGAACUGACUUCCAAAGCCUCCAUUAGUGCGGAUGAAAAGGUAGCUGCCGCACUAGCAGAGCAGAAGGAAGCCAACGCAGCCCUUCAACAGCAGCUUGACUACGCCCGAGCUGCUAACGAGGAGGCAACCGUGACCAUGCAGGCCGAGAUUGAGAAGGCUAAGAACGAGCUCAAGGAACUCCUUCAAGACUGCAGCAUGGUCUUGAACAAGCCAACCAAUGCCAGUAACCUCACUUCUCAUAUUCUGACACUCGUCAAUGCCAAGAAGGACAUUGCUACCAUGCACGACACCGCUACAGGCGAGCUAAAAGCUCUUCGAGCCGAGGUGGAGGAAACUCGUGCUCGAGCUGCGCAAUUCGAGCUGAAGUUUAACGAGAUGAAGGCCAUCAACGACGAGACCAUGAAGGAGCUGGAGAAGGUCAGUGCAAAGGAGCUGAGGAACGCAAGACUUGUGCAGGAGCUUGAAGACCAGCUCAAUUCGAACUACGACCAGACCCAGGCCGCAAACAACCGUCUGUCUGCUCUACAGACUGAAAGACAAUCGGAGCUUGAGAGGACAGUAAGUCAGCUCCAGGAGGCACAGUCUAAGAUCGCUGCGCUAGAGCAACAACUUGCCGACAUGCGUAGGCAAUCGAGCCGGAACUCAAAUAGCCCUGCCAUUGAGCUUGAACGAUCGAAUUCGGGCUCCAACAAUCUACGCAAGAGCGUUUCGGCAGCUUCAUUGCCCUCACCUCCGCCUGCUAUUCCGCUGCCACCUCUUCCAGGAACUCCAGUUGGCCAGGCUGCCCAGCAAGCGCCUUCGCCACCUCAAUCACGUCACCAGAGCAAAGACAUUGCUCAAGCUCAACUUGUCGAGGACCAAGAGGCGCGUAUCCGAACCAUCGAGAAGCACUUGUUCGCAGAGAAACAGCUUACAGCCACUCUCGAGGAGGCACUAACGGAUCUCGAGUCUUCGAGCACCAAGAUGAAGAGCGAGAUGGAGGGAUGGCGUAGGAAGUGCGCUACCCUGGAAGAAGAGCUCACGAUGCUCCGCAAGGAGAGACAGAGCAGUCGCCUCAGCGUGCAACAGCUCGAGGAGGAGAGGAACAGAAUCAAGCGGCUGGAGGCUCAGCGAGCCGAGCUGGAGCAGAGAAUGGCGACGAUUCAGAAGUCGAAGAAGAAGAAGAGCAGCAUCAACUGCUUCUAAGCUUCUUUCACACAUAUUUGAAGGCCAGAACGUCUCACGUUCGCAUCGCCAUUUUAUUUCUUCUUUGACGUUGGAUGCUUGUCUUUUGACAGCCAUCACACCUUUUUUUUUUACAUUUGUUCUUCAUCCUUUGAACAGCUUCAUACCCCCAUAUCAUCUGCAACGGCAAAUUCUUGCGACCGUCUUGUCUGUCUGUCUGUCUGACCUUCAUCUUGAUUGCUUAUGCUUGUAUGUCCCGCUUCACGCGCAACCAUGCCGUUCAUGUCUUAUUACUACUGCUGUCCUGGACAGAUUUCACCCACGGAACUCAAGAGCUUACGGGGGUCCUCCUAUUUUUUUUAUUAUUCAACUUCACUUCACAAACAUAAGCACCACUUAAAGAAUGGGCUUCACAGCAGAGCGUUUGGCGCCGAUGGGAUACGUACUGAACAGAUCAACCGACAUCCGUGUAUCAACAAUCCAUCCACUACUCGGACACUCUUUUUAUUUUUAUUCUUUUCUUGUAUCGCUAUGUAGUCGCCUUUUUGAUCGGGGGCGGAUAUUCAUCUGUCAUUAGUUCACGACGAAUGUAGUUUAAGUGAAUCAGGGCUCUUGGGUAGGAUAGCGAUCAGAUUGAGAAACGGGAGCGAUUAUCUACCA